GCCGGGGAGUCAAGUGAUCGUGCCGGCCGCGUGAGGUGCCGCGCGGGCCGGCCCCGCCAGCAAGCCAGCCAGCCAGCCAUGUCGCGCUGGUUCUUCCCGUGGUCGAGCUCGAUCAAGAAGCGCGCCUGCCGUUACCUGCUGCAGCACUACCUGGGCCACUUCCUGGAGGAGCGCCUCGGCCUCGAGCAGCUCAGCCUCGACCUCUACGCCGGCGCGGGCCGCCUCAGCCGCAUCCACCUCGACGUCUGGUCUGUGAAUGAGUUCCUGGAGUCCAUCGGGGCCCCCCUGGAAAUUGUCGAUGGCUUCAUCGACAGCAUCGCCGUCACAAUCCCCUGGUCCGCCUUAGUCACGGAGAACUGCACUGUGGAAGUGAGCGGUCUGCAGAUUACGUGCCGGCCGAAGUACCGUAGCGCUGCCCCUGGUUCCGAGUCGCAGAGCUGGGCAUCAUGCAUGACCACGAGCAUGCAGCUGGCACAGGAGUGCCUGAAGGAGCAGGCCGAAGAGCCCUCAGACAUGCCCCAGCCUCUUGAGGGGCUUGAGAUGUUUGCCCAAACCAUAGAAACUGUCUUGCGAAGGAUUGAGGUGACCUUCUUGGACACGGUGGUACGGAUAGAGCACGUGCCGAGCGGGGGCCAGGGCAGCAUGGCCCUGGAGGUGCACAUCAAAAGGCUGGAAUACUGCGACGAAGCAGUGAAGGAUCCUGGGCAAGUGCUGCCUGUGAACAUCCACCAGCCUCCCGCCUUUGUGCACAAGAUCCUGCAGUUGAGCGGUAUCUUGCUCUACUUCGAGGAGUUCACAGAUCGCAGUGGAGACAGUGAUGUCCGUGCACCAUCCCCUGUCCCCAAGGAGGCGGCGAAGUCGUCCAGCUCUCAAGGGGAGGAGGAGGAGGCAGCCUCUCCUCUGCUUCAGAUUGGCAGCUGCUCUGGGUACACAGAGAUGAGGAUCAAACUUAAGCAAAACGAGGCUUUCCCCGGACCCAAGCUGGAGCUGGAUGGCAAGAUGGGAUCGCUGCAUCUUCUGCUCUCCCCUCUCCAGAUUUUGCACUUGCUAGAUCUUCUCUCUUCUCUGAACCUCUCAGAAUCCGGUGUCCUGCAGGAACAGCUGAGCAAAAGCCGCCCUCUUGACUCGGAGGACCUGAAGCUGAUAGAGCAGGACCUCAGUCAGCAGUUGCAUUCGGGGCUGGGGGCUGCCGCCACACGCCUGGAGGGACUAGAGAGUUGCGUGGCACUGGAAAAUGGAGAGAUGUUCUUCUCCAUGGCGCCCAUGACAAGCAGUGUGGCCUCUGUGCGCUCGGUCAGCGAACUCUCCGAUGUUGAUCUAGACUCCUCCACCCACAGUGACUUCAGCACCAGCCACCUUCAGGCUCCAGCCUUCACACCGGGGCUGAUCCUGAGUAGUCCCAGGCGCUAUGGACGGUCACCCUUUGCUGCUACCCUGCCGUGCCUCAACAAGAUACCGAGCAAGGCCGCCCAUCUGCCACCGCCCUCCGUGGAGAGCCAGCGGCCUGAAGCGCUGCUGCGGGUGACGAUGGGGGGGCUCACUGUGACGUUGCUACACCAGUCCCAGGGGGCCACACCUCCUGCUCGCCCCCGCCUUCAACUGGCUCAGCGUUUCUUCUCCCAGUUGGGUGGCUUGAAGGACUCUGCCUUUGGGGGCCGAGACUUCCAGCCUUUGCGCCGGUGCUUUGAGGAGGCCUGUCCACUCAGCAACAUCAGGCUAACCGGGGCUGCCGUACAGAUCAGCUGUGAGCACAAAGCCACUGGCCGGCAGCAGAUGCUCAGCUGGGACACGUCCUUCGGGCUGCUGGAGAUUUUGGAGUGCCUCUGGCCAGAGAGCAGUGCACAGGCAAAGCCAGAGUACACAGAGCUGCUGGUCUUCGCCAUCCCCAGUGCCUUUCCAUACAGCCAGUCACCUCGGCCUUGUGCCCGUGUCCGUUCCAAGCACUCAAAGAAACUGCCCUCCUCAAAGAGCCGUCUUGCCAAAGCCGCUGCCAAACACACCGUGGAGCUGGUGGCCGAGCUGGCUGAUUUCUGCUCGGAUGUGGACCUGGGGACCCUCGACCGGCUGUGCUCCCUCCUGCGCUGGGCCACGGAGCCUACCGUCCCAGCCUGGUCUCCUGCCCCUUCUGCUGAGGCACACUUGGCAGAUUCUCCCCUUGCUGCCGAAUGGCAGUCGAGCAUGCAGAUGGCAGCUCCCAAGGCCACCCUGCGGGUGCAGUUCCCGAUUCCAGACCUGCGGUCGUGGCCCGAGAGGCGGCCCUGGGUGGAGAAGGCGGUGCGCAAGGAGAGUUUGCGCCUGGACCUGGUGGAUCUUGAGCUGCGCUCGGAGCUUGGGCCUGCCGGCUCCAUCCAGCUGGAAACCACCUUCAGCAACUUGCAUGGCGUGUAUGAAGAUGGCGAGAAGCUUUCGGUGCCCUGCUUCCGGGUUGGCAAAGCCCCCAACUUGUCGGCCAAAGGGACAGAGAAGAAAUACAUCCUUCCAAAAAUCACUCUGACCCUCCACCCCCAGGCUAGUGACCCCCAGUGGGACUUGAGCCUUGUGAAGGCCGAGGAGAUGGAGCUCUCGUCGGCAGAGAGUCCCUGUGAGUUGAAGCAGCCCGAGCCUUCCCCCUUCUCCUCCAAAAGGACCAUGUACGAGACGGAGGAGAUGGUGAUCCCUGGAGAUCCUGAGGAGAUGGCGGAGUUCCAGGCCCAGACGAUGGCAGCCUCCCAGUAUGCCCUAGAGGUGACGUUCCCCACCUCGCACAUUUUUCUCCCCAGCAAGGAGUUCUAUGAGAGCAUUUACAACAGGAUCAAUAAUGACCUUUUGAUGUGGGAGCCCUUCAGCCCUCCUCCAAGCCCCUCCGAUCCUCUGGGGGGCAACAUGGCCGCCACAGCUGCUGAAGCAUUCCCCCACUGGCGGGAGGAUUUCAAGAUGUGCAAGUCAGCCUUCAAACUGGAUUCAGACUCUGAGGAGGAGGACUCCCACUUCUAUUCAUCGGACGAGACAGCCACUCAGCGGAAGAAGGGGGAGCAGAGGAGCCUGUAUCUCCAGAGCUGUGUCUCUGUCAUGCUCCGGGUGGGGAAGGGACGGGUCACUGCUCUGUGCGAUGCCAAGGGCGAGGGCGGUAAAAAGCUGGAGGGCUGCCACGGAGAGCUGGUCUUGGACGUGGAGAGUGGCAGCCUCUUCAGCGUCUCGCGGUACAAAGGCCGCGAAGACCUGGGCUACUUCUGCAUUGAGUCGGAGAAGGUGGCGCUUUAUCACAAAGCUGUGGUUGAGGACUACCUCAUGGCAGAUCACCUGGAAAUCCCCAGCUUUUUGCCCCCUGAGGGGCUCAACCCCACCAUCUACGCCUCCCAGGAGGGCACUGUGGCUUGGCCGGCAGGAGUCAAGAAGGAGGGGCCUGUGAAGAUGCUCUCCCUGGCCAUCCAGAUCAAUCUGGAUUUGGAGAAGAACAUCAAGGAAUUUCUGGUGACUCUGCGUCUGGAAGGUGCCACGAUGCGGCAUCACAUGGCGCUAACGCACCAGAGCUGGUACACACAGAUGAUUGACUUUUUGGAUGUUCUGGAUGACCCGAUUCUGGGCUUUGUGCCGCCCACAGUCAUCACGGUGCUGCACACUCACCUCUUCAGCUGCGCAGUGGAUUACAGGCCUCUCUAUUUACCGAUCCGGGUCCUCAUUACAGCAGAGACCUUCACGCUGUCAAGUAACAUAAUUGUGGACACGUCCGUCUUCCUCCUCCGGUUCAUUUUGGAUGACUCUGCCAUUUACCUGUCAAACAAAUGCGACUCGGAGAUGGGUGACUUGAGGAAAGAUUACGUGUGCGUGGUGGACGUGGAUCUGCUGGAGCUGGUGAUCACCACGUGGAAGGGAGCCAUGGAUGGGAAGCUGGCCCGGCCGCUAUUCGAGCUUCGCUGCUCCAACAACGUGGUUCAUGUGCACACCUGUGCGGACUCAUGCGCGGCACUCGCAAACCUCAUACAGUACGUGGUGAACAACGGCGACCUGCACCCGCCACCUCGGCACGACAGCCCCACCGAGAUUGCUGGCCAGAAGGUGCAGCUGUCCGAGAGCCCAGCGUCGCUGCCCUCGUGUCCCCCUGUCGAAACGGCAGCCAUUAACCAACGAGACCUCACCGAUGCCCUCAUUGACACAGAGCGGACCCUCCGGGAGCUGUCUACCGAGGCUGGUGACUCCGGACUCAGGCGGCAGCCCUCUCCAGUCUCCGUGUACCUGUUCCCAGGGGAGAAGGGCGCCAUGGUCAAGGGCCAGGUCCCGGCCCCACCGCCUGCCCCUGAGGGGAGAGGGCUGGAUCUCAGCCCCUCAGAGGACAGCGAGUGUGAGAGCGAGGCCACGGACACGGACGACUUCUGCAUCUUGGACGCCCCGGGCACAGGCAUCCCACCUCGGGACGGCGAGCCCUUGGUGACGAAGCUUUUGGAAGGACCGGUCUGCAUCCGGGAAGGCCACUUCUCCCGGCCGCUGGGCAGCACCGACUUGCUGAAGGCUCCCUCGCGCUUCCCCAUGCCCGAGAGCCGCGUCAUGCUGCGGGAGAUUUCUGUGGUCUGGCAUCUCUACGGCGGCCGGGAUUUUGGGGUUGGGCGCUCUGCCUCGGGUCAUGUACAUUCACCAAGGACAAAGCCCUCUCUUUCCAGUGCCCGCUCCUCCCCUUCCCGCUGCUCGGUCACCAACAGGCCCCAGAACACCUGGCGGGCCCAGGGAGGCAUUGGCCGGAUUCAUGACUUGCUGAUGGAGAUCCAGUUGACAAAAGUGAGCUUUCAGCAUGAAACGUACCCCACGGGCACCUCCGAGAAGCCAGCCCUGGAGCUGGGGGAGCAGCCCCUGGCCAGGCAGGUGUUCAUCGUCCAGGAGCUGGAGAUCCGGGACCGCUUGGCCUCCUCCCAGAUCAACAAGUUCCUCUACCUGUACAGCAGCGAGUGCAUGCCCCGGCGCACCCACUCCAACAUGCUCACCAUCAAAGCCCUCCACGUCUGCCCUGAAGCUGGCCUGGGAGGUCCCGAGUGCUGCCUCCGUGUCUCGCUGAUGCCACUGAGGUUGAACAUUGACCAGGAUGCCUUGUUCUUCCUGAAGGACUUCUUCACCAGUUUGGCUGCCGGCAUCAACCCUGUAGUGCCCUUUGAGGCUGGGCCUGAAGGUCGCACAGAGUCCCUGGGGAAGGAGACCGAGGGAGUCGAGGGUGAGAUGACAGCUUCGAUGGAGACCACGUUCAGUGAAAACAGCUCCUUGUCCAACACCUCCUCUUCCUCCUCUGACCAGCCUGUUUACUUCCGGGAGUUCCGGUUCACCUCUGAGGUGCCCAUCUGGCUAGACUAUCAUGGCAAACACAUGACCGUGGACCAGGUGGGCACUUUUGCUGGCAUCGUAAUUGGCCUGGCGCAGCUCAACUGCUCCGAGCUCAAGCUCAAGAGGCUUUGCUGUCGACACGGGCUCCUGGGCGUGGAGAAAGUGGUGAGCUACGCGCUGAUGGAGUGGCUGACGGAUAUCCGCAAGAACCAGCUGCCAGGCAUCCUGGGAGGUGUGGGCCCCAUGCAUUCGGUGGUACAGCUCUUUCACGGCCUGCGUGACCUUUUCUGGCUGCCCAUUGAACAGUAUCGCAAGGAUGGGCGCAUCAUCCGUGGCCUGCAGCGUGGCGCCGCCUCCUUCGGCACCUCGACUGCCUCCGCGGCGCUGGAGCUCAGUAAUCGCCUAGUGCAAGCCAUCCAGGCCACAGCAGAGACCGUCUAUGACAUCCUGUCUCCUACAGCCCCUCCUAUGACUCGCACCCUUCUGGACAAGAAAUACACCCGCAAGCUCAAGCGUGGCCAGCAGCCGGCAGACCUGCGGGAGGGCAUGGCCAAGGCUUAUGACACUGUGCGGGAGGGAGUCAUCGACACGGCCCAGGCAAUCUGUGACGUCGCAACCCGCGGCCACGAGCAGAAGGGGAUCACGGGAGCGGUGGGGGGCGUCCUGCGGCAGAUCCCGCCCACGGUGGUGAAACCCCUCAUCGUGGCCUCAGAAGCCACCUCCAACCUCCUGGGGGGGAUGCGGAACCAGAUCAAGCCCGACGCUCGCAAGGAGGAGUCUCUGAAGUGGCGGUCGGAGGACGCCCAGGAGUGA